UAAAGAUCGUUAGAAGUUUGGUGCGGCUGAAUAAAACAGGAGUGUAAAAACUCUGAAAAGUUUUUAUUCACAAAUAUUGAGCUUCUGGCGCAGCUUACGAGUUGUAGACAUCACAAAAAAAAAACAAAGGUCGGAGAUUUGCUGUGAAGUAGUAAACAACUGGAAAGAAGUUGUAGCGAACAAUAUUGAAAAGUUAACUGUAAAUUGUGGAAAACAGUGUGCCGUUCCGAGUUUUUCGAAAACAAAUUGAAUUAAGUGCAUAUUGAAAUGGGUCACCCAUCGACUUCCACGAGUCACGUUGACACCACCGCAACGCUGCCUAAUGAUGGAGCUGAGCUGAAAAAGCGCAUGAAUGGCACAGCAAACGGCAUAAACGAAGCUAAAGCAGCAGCUUCUAGCGAUGCUGCCGCGCUAGUCGGAGAGGCGCCACCAACAACCAAUCCAUUGAAGAAGAUCGGUCUCUAUGAGCCCGUUUACCAUGUCAAUCUGGAGGAGUAUACCCGCACCUUCAAGGGUGACAAAGUGUUUGGCGUCGAAUUCAAAGCGCCACUCAAAUGGGAUAAAGUCAUACAAAUAUUUCUGGUCCACAUUGUGUGUCUUUUGUGUUUGAUCUUCUUUCCGGUGAAAAAGCUGAAGUUUUACUCCACAGUAUGGGCUUUCUUUAUGGGCGGCGUUGCCGGUUUUGGUGUAACUGCUGGUGCUCAUCGCUUUUGGACGCAUCGCUCUUUUAAGGCCAAUGUACCGUUACGCAGCAUAUUGAUGCUUUGCUUCUCGGUGGCUGGACAGAAUACGCUCUACGAUUGGGUGCGCGAUCAUCGUGUGCACCACAAAUACUCGGAAACCGAUGCUGAUCCACACAAUUCCAAUCGUGGUUUCUUUUUCGCCCAUGUCGGCUGGUUAAUGAUGCUAAAACACCCCGAAGUUUUACGUCGCGGACGUCAGCUGGAUUUGAGUGAUGUAAUGAACGAUCCUGUCGUGCAGUUCCAUCAGAAAUACUUUAUACCCUUGAAAAUUAUGCUCUGUUUUGUAUUGCCCACCAUGGUGCCCGUCUACUUUUGGGGUGAGGAAUUCUAUUUGGCCUUCAUUACGCAAUGUCUCUUCCGUUAUGUUAGCAGUUUGAACUUCACAUGGUCGGUGAAUAGCGCCGCCCACAUGUUUGGCACACGGCCUUAUGAUAAUCGCAUCAGACCCACUGAGAACAUUUACGUCUCACUCAUUGCCAUGGGUGAAGGCUGGCACAACUAUCACCACGUUUUCCCCUGGGACUACAAAGCAGCUGAGCUCGGCAACUAUUUCGGCAACUUCACCACAAUGGUUUUGGAUGCCUUCCAUCGCAUUGGCUGGGCUUGGGAUAUGAAGGAACCCUCGAAAGAUUUGGUGCGUCGCGUUAUUGAUAAAUAUGGCGAUGGCACACAUCCCACGACGGAUAAGUCAGAUGAUACACCAUCGGUUGGUCAUUUUCAUUAUGCGGAGGUACCCGAUCCUGAAUUUGACGCAUCCGAUGCGGAGUCGAGCAGCACGGAGAGCACAAAGCUGGAUGAGAAUGAGAAUUUGAAGAAGAAAGUGCAAACGUAGAAUACCGUUCAUGGUUGGUUGAUUAAAAUGCUAACUAUGUGUAAGUGUAAGUGAGCGUGAGACGUCGGAGCUCCUAAAAAUAUGGACGUGUGGCUGUUUAUUUAAUUGUUUUUUUCGUAAUGUGUAACUAAGUGCAUUUGUAUAAAUAUGUACUUCUAAUAUAUAAUGGGUGUUCCGUCUAUACAUUCAUGUACACAUAUAUGUCUGUAAGUAAAAAAUAUAAAUUAAAUAUAUUUACCUAAAAAAAAAAUAACUGGAAACAAAAGUCGUAUAUGUUAACGGGUAUGUCAUUUGUUUUUUGUCGGGUUAAAUGUUAUGCACAGUUUAAUGGACAUCCCAGCACUUUGGCAUAAAUAAAUAGGUUUUUAAGUAAAAAUGUGACGAAUGCGUCUCAAGUAGAAAACAUUCUAGUACUAGCGUGUAAGAAUUGUAAUUUUGUAAAACACUUUUUGUACUAUGAAAACACACAAGCGGGAUAAUUGUGCUACAAAUGAUUUACAAUUAGUCAGUUAAGUCAAUGCAAAUUAAUAUUGCUAAAUUUAUUUCUAUUAAUAAGUAAGUCUGUUCAUUUGUGAACGAAAUUUUGAUGUAUAAUAAAAAACAAAAUACAUAUAUCAAACCAAAUUACU